UUCACAUAACAUAACCUAUUUCCAUUUCCUUGUAGGAGUUUCUAAAACAUAGGUAAAUAAUAUUUAAAAAAUCAAAAUGAGGUUAACGAUAACAUUACUUCGACGUAAUCUUAUGCCAAACGGUCAUAUUUUUCGUGGUAAAGAUAGAUUAGUCAAGAAAGUAGAGAGGAAACAUUUAAAUAAAAUCCAACAGGACUUUGCUAUUGAAGAGCAGAACAUGUUUUAUUUGAGGUUCCCAUAUCUCACAGAGGCAGAGAGUUUUGGACAUGCCAAAGCUUUAGGAAAAGCUGAGCAGAGAAAAACGAAAUUCACAGAAUUAACAAGAAGGAUUUUCAAAGAGGAUGUUACAUUGUAUGAUAGAUUACAACACUUGAGAGUUUCUGAGGGAUGGGAUAAAUAAAUUAGAAAGAUUUAAUAUUUUAUGUUAGGGUUCCUUAUUUGUAUUCAAAUUAGUUGGAUCCCUUGUAGGCUAUUUUAGUGUUAUGCUCCACACACACUUGUCUUGAAUUUGAGAUGUGCUACAACAAAUAAGUACUAGGUAUCUCUUUCACUAGCUAUAAAAAGGAAUGUGACUGACAAUGCACAUAAAUGAUAAUAUCUGUUGGUGCAAUAUUGAUUUGAAAAAUAAAAUAAAAACUUACCAAAAA